AUGUCGUCCAUUAAGCGCAAGGCCACUGGCCAGAUUGCUGGGUCAGAUCCCAAGAAGCCCAAGCAGAAUGCGAGCAUCACCUCUUUCUUUGGUGCUCCCAAGGCAACUUCUACGUCUGCAGCCCAAGGCUUCAUGUCCUCUCCGGCCUCGUCUGCUGCCGAAGCUGCUGCCCCCAAGUUCGAUAAGGCUAAAUGGGUGGCCUCCUUAACCGAUGAGCAGAGGGAGCUUCUCAAACUUGAGAUUGACACCCUGGACGAGAGCUGGCUGGCCCAACUGAAGGGCGAGAUUGUCACCAGGGAGUUCUUGGAUCUCAAGAGAUUUCUCGACCGUGAGGCUGGUGCGGGCAAGAAGAUCUUCCCGCCUCGGGAGGACAUCUACUCUUGGUCUCGUCACACCCCCUUCCAUAAUGUCAAGGUCGUCGUCAUUGGCCAAGACCCUUACCACAACCACAACCAGGCUCACGGUCUGGCCUUCUCCGUGAGGCCACCCACUUCUGCCCCACCAUCACUCAAGAACAUGUACACCUGUCUCAAGAAUGACUAUCCCUCCUUCGUCCCACCACCCAACCGUGGUGGCCUUCUCACUCCUUGGGCGAAACGCGGCGUGCUUCUGCUCAACACGUGCCUGACGGUGCGUGCUCAUGAGGCCAACAGCCACGCCAAUCGCGGGUGGGAGCGCUUCACGCAGAAAGUUAUCGACCUCGUUGCCGCACGCCGGACCCGCGGCGUGGUCUUCAUGGCCUGGGGCUCGCCUGCGGGCAAGCGUGUGCAGAAGAUUGAUGGGAAGCGCCACCUGGUCCUCAGGGCCGUCCAUCCUAGCCCGCUGAGUGCGUCGAGAGGCUUCUUCGACUGCGGCCACUUCAAGAAGGCAAACGAGUGGCUCGUGACCAGGUAUGGUGAGGCGGGCGAGAUUGACUGGAGCCUGGGCCCC